CCUGCAAACACCCGACGUUGUGCGUGCAACACUUCACGCAGCACCUUGUUGGUGUGUUGACGCCGUUGCAGCGCUUCUCUCGGCCGCAGGAUGUCAGCUCGGUCUUCCAGAUCUUUCACCGUUGCCUCAAGUUGUUUCCUCUCUUCCUCCAGCCGAUCCAUCUCCUCCUGUCAUUGUCUCCAUUUGCCAAUUAGAAAAUUCCAAUUGUUGCCAAAACGAUUGAACUGGUUGAAAAACAUGCCUUGCGACGGUAGUAGGUGGGGAUUUUCUUGCGCUUGGGCUUGCUGGCAUUUCUGCGCUUGCGGACGGUGGUGGCUGUUGCUUUCUGGCGCUUGUGGGGCGAUGCAUCGUCGCUGGAGGACGACGACGGGCUUGCAUUUGUUGCCAUUGACGUCAGUCGCUUCGAGCCCUGGCAUGGUGGGGGAGAAUAAUCGAGGCUAUUUUGGUAAUUAAGCGUGCUGAGACUAUCACCUUGUUUUGAAACAAUCCGGUAUCGAAUUUCUUCACAGUUCUACCUUGUUUUGGGACGGACUGACAGAGGGGAGUAAACAACUUGAUUCUAUUGGUGAAAUGAAACUGUCGCUAAUGAUUGGCUGAUAUAAUUAAUCUACAUCAACGAUGUGUGGACUACC